AUGGAAGAUACCUCCCCCGGGGUGGUACGGGACUCGGCGACAAUCGAACCCUGGACUGCUCCCGGGCUGGGCGACGAUACGAAGAAUGGCAUGGUGAGCCGACCCCCGCAAACGAAGGGAGUCCCGGGCUCUGAGUACAAGGACAUGCAACAAGAGGGUGGGAUACAGGAGCGCCUUGUAGACAGGUUACAGACAGAAACCAGGAUGUUACCUCCCUCCGACAAAAGGCACGGGCCGGGUGCGCAACCGCGCCCCGUACCGCUCCCGGAUGACAGCACCGUGAGCACAGAAGAAGGCGGAACGAUUGGAGCUCCGGGAGCGAAAGUGACCUUACAGCAACAAACUGACUUAGGAAGAGGGUGCGACGAGGCGCCUGGAAGAGGCAAGACAAUUGGACAGAUCUCCGGGACCACGGGACCCAGCGCCGGGGAUAACUCGCGUCAACAAACGGGCGGGAGCGAAGUCAAGGAAGAGGAGGGCAUGUAUGCAGAAUCCUCAAAAGGAGAAAGUUCGUGUCGACAAACUGAACCGAACACCCGCGAUGCUAAUGCGUCGCCUGACGGAAAAAUUCUCUGGCACCUCGGGGUGCUGCCUUCGUCCUGUCCCGGACCCUGCUUCGGAGACUCAACGAACCUGGUGCUAGAUAGUCCGGACCCGGUGAUGGCGGGUUCGGGGGCCGGGACUGUGAGUGCUAUAACCAACGGGAGCACCCAGGGGACUGAGUACUCGAAUCUGGAAGACCUCUGUCCGGACUCCGAUAUCGCCCCGGUAUCCACUGCGCCCCAGAUUGACGCUAUCUCUCGGGGCGAUAUGGCCGAACUUCCCGACUGUCGACAUGUGGAUAUCGAAGAACGGCACUACUCGAUCUGGCUCGUCGGGGCGGCGGGUGCGACGGGGGAAAAUGUCGCGGGGAAUAUUCGGACGUUCCGCGACCAGCCGUGGUGUUUUGGCUUCCUGCGCUCCGCGCUCCGGGAGGCUCGCUGA